GCGGGAUAUUACUACCUCUUAACCAUCGACAAAAAGUAAGCCACGAUGGCAUACUGACUAUUCAGAGCGUACAGAGGGCUGCAGAUGAAGGUGAAUACAGUUGCGUAGUGCGAAGUAUGGAUGGCUUAACGGCCACAGGAACAACGCAUGUUUCUGUAGUUGUGUCUCCUGUAAUAGACCAGCAUUAUUUUCGGGAAAGUAAUACGGUUGACGAAGGUGCGAGAACUAAACUCGUCUGCAUAGUUACGAAAGGCGACCCACCUCUACGUUUCCAUUGGCUCAAAAAUGGACUUCCAUUUCUUGCUCAUGGAGACACUACAGUCCAGACUACAGAGGAUUCUUCCAUCGUAACAUUUAAGAAGGUGACAUCCGCUGACCGUGGAUUAUACACGUGCGUUGCAACAAACGUGGCUUCAUCUGCGAAUAUGACUAUGCAGCUUAUCGUCAACGUUCCUCCCCAGUGGACCGUUGAACCGAAAAAUGCGACCGUCGUUCUUGGGAAUACUGUAUGGAUGGAUUGCGCAGCUGUGGGAUUUCCUGCACCAAGUGUCUUGUGGAAGAAAUUAAUCUAUACAGAAAAUACCGCUGGAGAUUUUACAUAUGUGCAUUCCAGUCCCAGAGCUCAUCGAUACAAUAAUGGGACACUAGUAUUAUCUGAUGCGGAAGAAAAUGAUGCUGGUGCCUACCUUUGUCAAGCAAACAAUGGUAUAGGAGCUGGUCUUAGUAAAAUUGUUUCACUUCAAGUUUUAGUACCGCCGAGAUUUAAGGAUGCAUAUCAAAGCCGAGCAAUAAAAGAAGGAUUCAAUGCAACUUUGAAAUGCGAUGCAUCAGGCCAUGCACCCAUAACGAUUACGUGGAAUAAAGACAAAACAGUUUUAGAAGCAAAAACAAAUUCUAGAUACUUCAUUCGCAACAUUUCAAAGAAACAUCAGACUAUAUCAGAACUCCAAAUCCUAAAUGCUACUCGAAAUGACACAGGGAAGUUUACUUGCACUGCUGUAAGUGAUAUCGGAGCAGAUGAAGCUGCCAUUCAGUUCAUUGUACAAGGUCUUCCCGAUUCUCCGACAAACAUUACUGUUUUGAAUACGACGAGUAGAUCAGUGAGCUUAUUAUGGGAAGUGGCACAUAAUGGCAAUAGCCAUAUUACUGGUAGUAUUGUGCAGUAUCAAACGAUAUCAGAUAACAGCUGGAAUGGACAAACUUCUCAGCUUAUAGUAUCGGGCGCAGAGAAUAGUGCUACUCUUCGGGCUUUGACGCCUGUGACAUUAUAUUUUGUUAGAGUUAUUGCAGAAAAUGCUAUUGGGCAAAGUGCGCCAAGUCAAGUGAUUAACGUUACAACUGAAGAAGAAGCGCCGUCUGGCUCUCCACGAGAGGUUCAAGUUCAUUCUACAGGCGCCCAAUCUAUGAAAGUAUCCUGGAAGCCACCACCUGAAGAAUCUCAGCAUGGACGCAUAAAAGGCUAUUACAUUGGAUUCAGAAUGUCUUCUUCUUCGGAAUCGUAUACGUAUAAACAAGUGGAGCAUAUACCUGAUAAAGAACAGCAGUCCACUUAUAUAACAGGUCUCCAGCCAUUCACGAAGUACGAUAUCGUGAUAAAGGCCUAUAAUUCUGCCGGUUCUGGUCCAAAGUCUAGCAAAAUUGUAGGAAAAACUCUUGAAACAGCACCGCCAACUUCUCCUAUAGUUCAAAUAGAAGGCACUACAUCAUCGAGCAUUGAAAUUAGUUGGAAAAAGGACACCAAGGACAAAUCUGCAGUACCAGAAUACACUCUCCAUUACAAAACAGAUGAUGGUGAAUGGAUGUCUCAGCCGCUGGGCAGCAAUAUCGAUCAUUAUGUAUUGAAAGGUCUCCGAUGUGGUAGCAGAUACCAGCUUCAUAUGACAGCAUCAAACAGCUUGGGAACUGGGGAACCAAGUGCUCCAGUGUUUGCAAGAACUAAAGGAGCAGCUCCUAUGUCUCCUCAAGGGUCAGUUUUUAUUCAUCCUAAUGCUACUACGGUGACUUUGAACUUGUCUGCUUGGAAGAGUGGAGGUUGUCCCAUCCGUCAUUUCACGGUCCAACAUCGACCCAAAUAUCAGAAUCUUUGGACAACUGCUUCUGAAAAGCUAGACAUGCCAAGGGACAUAUACAUCAUCCGGCAUCUUUCUCCAGACAGGGAGUACGUAAUCAUGGUUACUGCGCACAGUGAAGCCGGACUUACCCAAGGGGAAUAUGCAGUCAGAACCUUGCCAGCUUCAGCCUUAGCUCCAACUUCUUCUCCAGCUUUCGGAAAAAGAGAGACCGGCUUGCCUUUCUACAAGAACAUAGCCUUGGUAGUUCCUGUAGUUGUAUCAUCUCUGGUUAUCCUGGUUCUCAUGUUCGCCAUUGUAGUCUGCUUCAGGAAACAUUCUCAAGACAGAAGAGGAAGGAAUGAUUAUGACAACCGGAAACCAUGCAGCGAUUCUCUAAUGAUGAGUGAUAUGACGAAGCAAAUAACGACAAAAUCAACGAAAUUCUCUCACUACUCUUGUCCUGCCGGUAAAACCGAUUAUGCAGAGCCUUACACUUGUAACGAUUCUGUAACAUCCAGACAGGCUUCGGAUGGUUUGUUUGCCACUAUUAAAAGAUGUCCGACGAGACCCAUAUACAUGUCUUCUUCAUAUAAACAAGGAUCUGAAUCUUUCUGCAGUCAGCAUAGUGCCGGCCACGAUAACACUCCUCGUUCCGAUCCAAGCUCCAAUGAAAAGUGGAGCAAUCCCCGAAACAGUGAAAAGCCAGUACGGUGAUAAGCACUUUCUGGUACACUGUCACCUUCACCUUCACCGUCCUCUAACCCUCACCAUCAGCAGAGUGGCCAAAGCUGGCUUUGAAUGGAUCUCUUUUGCUGUUUUAUAUUGUGAUUAUACCAACCAGAACUUUCAUCUCCACAUCUUACUGAAUAGUGGAGAAAGAAAAAAUAUGAUACAAACGACUUAUCUGCUACAUACCUGAGAGUUAGCAUUUGAGCUACGUUACCCUAGUUUGGAAGACUGUUCAUUUUAUUAUAACGGAUGUCAAUAUAAUUUAUUCAUCAUUCUGUCGUACAAAUCCAUAUUUAUGACAUCUCUUACAUUUUGCAUACCAUCACGGUGUUACGGAUCGCUGUAAUUGCUGGUUACUGUGAUUGCAUUUCCUUAAAAUAAGUUUUUAGCAUGCACGUUACCCAAGGAGCUAAUUUUCUGUUGUCGGAAGUUGAUAUCAUUAUGCUCUGCGUUUAAGAUGAAUGUGAUAUUCCUGAAAUACUACGCACCAAAAUAAAGGACAGUUUAAAUGUAGUCAGUUGUUUAUACUUGCUAAGUAUUUGAAUAUGACCGGUGAUAUAAAUAAGAUAAAACAUAAAAAGAAUUUUGUAUUGUGUCGUUAUUUCCUGGUGUUCCGAAUAUAAUGUGCCAAAAUCAUUUUGGGCCUUUUUCUCUAUGUACCAGAAGGAAUCGUUUCUAAGGAAGAAAAGAUUUUUUAAAAUAAUUUUUUCCCUCUAAAAUGCUAUGCGUGUUAAUUCGUAUUACAGAAUUUAAAAGAAUUAAAAAUAUUCUUAUUGUAUGCUGUCUGCUGUUUACUUUGCUGUUAGCUUUUAUCUAAGCAUGUUUCAAAAAAGAAAGUUUAGAUGCAUGUGUGUUUUCCUGAUAUCCUGGGAAGUUUAUAGUAGACUUCCCAAACGCUAAGCUUCGGGCAGUUUUUUUAAAGUAAUUUUUUCUGUUUUGUGAAGAGAUCCUGAGAAUAUUUUUUCCAUUUGAAAAAACAGAAUAACUUUCAUAUCGCGGAGAGAAGAUCCGUUAUCUCAGGAGAAGACCUACAAACGCUGUUUGCAACGACAAUAUCAUAUAAUUCUGUGACGAAUUACAUUAAUUCUGUCAUUCGGUUUCUGUUAAAUAUGUGUGUAAAAGUUAUCUGUAUGUUUUUUGCAAAUGUUGAUCUUGGUGUAAAUAAAUGUUUUUUUCAAAAAAAUAAA